UAUCACACGCUAGUUAUUAACUUCUUUUUAACUCACUCCAAUUGAGCAGGGUUUUAGGACCUAUCUUCUUCUCGCUUCUCUCCGUAUCCGUUGCAGCGGCAGCUCAGACGAUACAAGAUUAAUUUUUUCACUCCUCUCUAAUCCCGAAUUCAGAAACAAAAAAUGAGAUAAAAAAAGAUGACUUUGGUGAGUGGUGACUGGUGGUGUCAUAUUUGAUAUGGUGGUUCCUUUAUUGUGAGCUUGGCGUGGCAGUGUAAAGAUGUUUGUGUCUGGACUCACCGGUAAUCCAUGCUGUCUACGGAUACCAUUACAUGGCCCGAGGACUCCGUCUAGACGAGAUUCAGCGUUUCUGAAUGCUGAGAAACCUAUAGACAAUGUUAAAUUGCUUGGUCCCAAAAGAAGUUAUUUGGCUGGUUCUGUACAGAGAUGUAAUGUAAAGGAAACUUACUUGGUUAAAUGUGCAAUGGAUGCUUCCUAUGGUGGUGAUAUGAGCAAUGAUCGAUCAGUUGUUUUCCCAAGAAUCCAUGUAAGGGAUCCAUACAAACGACUUGGAAUAAGCAGGGAGGCUUCUGAAGAUGAAAUUCAAGCUGCUAGGAAAUUCCUUAUUAAUCAAUAUGGUGGGCACAAACCAAGUGUGGAUGCGAUUGAAUCAGCUCAUGACAAAAUAAUCAUGCAGAAGUUUUAUGAUAGGAAGAACCCAAAAAUAGACUUCAAGAAAAAAGCUAGGGAAAUGAAGCAGUCUCGUUUUAUGCAGUUUGUCAUAAGCAGGUUCCAGACUCCAUCAACAAAUGUUAUUAUUAAAUCAGCAAUUGCAUUUUUAGUACUGGGUGCUCUGACUUUUCUCUUUCCAACUGAAGAAGGUCCAACCCUUCAGGUAGCCAUUUCCUUGAUCGCUACUAUAUAUUUUUUACAUGAUCGGCUGAAAAGCAAAUUGUGGGCUUUUCUUUACGGGGUUGGAUCUUUUAUUUUCGCAUGGCUGUUGGGAACCUUCUUGAUGGUAUCUGUGAUUCCACCGUUGCCAUUGGUUAAAGGACCAAGGAGUUUUGAAGUGAUUACAUCAUUGAUAACUUAUGUGUUACUUUGGGUUUCAUCUACUUACUUGAAGUAGUGCUAGAUUCUAUAGUAAAAGCUCCCAAUACAAGGCUGCAAUUUUGUUGGAAUGGGUGUUAUUGAUAAGUGGGUCAUCAAUUGUGCAUUUUUGCUUUAAGCCAGAUCGUCUUUCUAACCAUAGCAAUGAUGCUUAUAGUGAGUGUUAGUUUUUUUCAAUGAGCCUCCCAAAAUAGGAAGAGAAGGUAUGUAUGACUGUUCUGUUGUUUUGCUAUCAAUGUAAAUGGAGGUGUAUCCAUCAUAUGGACAAGUAUUACAUUUCGUGUUC